GGUCAGGCUUCUACAAGGCCUCUGCUAUGGAUGCGUACUGCGUGAAGUGCCCCCCACACAGCUACUCCCACCAGGACAAGGCUUCUGAGUGUGUGUGUGAGAGAGGCUUCUACAGGGCCGAAUUGGACCCUCGCUCUAUGGCGUGCACAAGGCCACCUUCGGCACCCGGCAAUCCCAUUUCCAUGGUGAACGAGACUGCAGUCACACUAGAAUGGAGUCCUCCUCGUGAAAGUGGUGGACGUGGAGAUGUGUCCUACAGUGUCCACUGCAGGAAGUGCUCUGGAGAAGCAGGGGCUGCAGGAGACCGGGAAAAGUGCGUUCCCUGUGGUAGCGGUCCGCAUUUCAACCCCAGGCAGUUUGGCUUGACGCACCCCAGAGUUCUGGUCACAGGACUGCAGCCUCAUACCAAUUACACCUUCAACAUUGAAGCCCUGAACGGAGUGUCAGAUCUCAGCCCCAGUCCACGUCAACUAGUGUCCGUCAACGUCACCACCAGUCAGACAG